AACCGACGUUUAGAGUGCCCAACAAUGCGUCGCGCGUAAUGAUAAAAUUAAAAAUUCGACAAUCCUCAUCUUCCUCCAAUCCUCCAUCCGUUCUUUCUUUCCCCUUUUCAACCCCUGCCUUACUUCUCCCUGCCUUCCUCUUUGUUUCAACUCUGGACUCUCUCCUCCCCAGUCUUUUUCAUCAUACUUUCACUCCUUGUCCUUGUCUUCCCUUUCGUUUAUUUCUCCCCAUUCUACUUUUACUUCCCUAUUUUACUUUCAUAUGUGCGUUCUGGCGUUUUUUUUUUUCUUCUCGAUCUCGGCGUUCCGGCGAGGAGAGAGAAGAGAGAGAGAGAGAGAGAGAAGGGGGGGGGGAGACUCCGCGGGACCGUCGUUUUACGCCACUGAACGAGGGACGAUCACAGCCGUGCUGCAGGUGUCGGAAAGAGUAUGCACGCUGGCGGGUGAUUGUUGGACAAGGACGAGCGUAACGGCCGCGGGAGUGGGCAGGAAACGGUUCGGUUCGGACUAUGUAAGACGACGAGGCGGCGGCCGAGGGGUCCGAUCGAGCCGAGUUCCCGUCGAGACCGGAGUAGUGUCCGAUCGGCCGUCGCGGCGCGUGGAGCUUUUCGCCGCUCGCGAUCGACUUCGCUUCGUGCAAAGCUGCAGAGUCUAACGCAGAUCGACUGAGAGAACAAUCUCAGGCCCGAUCAGCCCCGUGACUUAGAUCGCCGCGAGCAGCCUUCGAUCGUCCUCGCCGAAAAAAAAAAAUCUCCGAAAAAUCAGAGAACGGAACGGUCCGCGUUAGAAGGAGUGCAGGAUCGUGAGAUGAAUCUUCGUCGCCGACAGAAAUGCACGAAAGAGAAAGGUGGUGAAGUGGUGAUGAAAUAAACCUUGCCGCAACCUCGGCGUCCCGCGUGGAUUUUACUCGUGACAUUUCACUCGCGUACUACUCGCCUAGCGAGAGUUGUGUGAUCCCGGCUGCGAUACCAGCGAUUGUGAAGUUUUUCAUUGAGAAGGAAAGAGAAAGAGAGAAAGAGAGAGAGAGAAAGACAGGUAGAGAUCGGCAUUCCUCUCUUUGUCAAAUCGUUACCGUUUCCUAUCGAAGGGGUGAAAUGGAGAACGCGGCGACGUCCAAUAUUCUUCUGAUGUCGAAGAUCGGCGCGAUGAUCGGUCUCGGCUUUGGUUCCCUCGCGCUGGGAACCUUGCCGUUGAUGGUGGGACGUUAUAGCGCCAAAAGGCGACUUCAGAACCGUCGCCAGGCGAUAUCCUCCAAUCACACCAGCACCUCCACAUCCACUUCGACGUUCAACGCGCCCUCACCGACCAUUGACUCGACCUCCGCGGCGAACAAGCAAGGUCUCUUGACGUCGCUCUUGCUCUGCUUCGGCGGCGGCGUGCUCCUGUUCACGACGUUCGUGCAUCUGGCGCCUGAGGUGCGGGCUAGCGUCGAGAAUCACCAGUCGAACGGCCAGCUACCCGAUCUGGGAACUCUCGGCCUGGCCGAGCUGCUCUUCUGCGGCGGUUUCUUCCUCGUUUACUUAGUCGAGGAAGCCGUGCACGCCGCACUUACCGGCAAACCCGAGUCCUCGGAAGCGUUGCUCUACCGGACCGUGUCGGUGCGCAGAUGUAACAACAAUCAGACGGGCCCGUCGGGCUCGGCGGUGAUGUCGAACGGCUCGAUUACGACCGUGUCCACGACGACCAAGUCCACCACGUGGAAGGACACCGACGAUGUCGAAGACAACGGGGAUCGAGUGAACGUGGAUCGAUCCAAGUUCCAGCUUGACGAUUCUCGCGAUCAGAUGGGGAAGGAUGACAAAGUGCUGCCGACUAUAUUCGUCCUACCUGUUUCGGGAUUGUCGAACGAAGGACAUCAGAAGCGUUCCGACCUGGAACUGACGAUGCCGGAACUGAACUAUCCGGUCAAGCAUCAUCAUACCCACGAUAACCAUCAUCACCAUCAUCAUCAUCAUCAUCAUCAUCAUCAUCAUCAGCAGCAGCAGCAGCAGCAGCAGCAUCAUCAGCACGGCCCGAUGAUGCAAAAUACCUCGGUGCAAGGACUCCUGACCGUGCUCGCGCUGUCUUUCCACGCGAUAUUCGAGGGUCUGGCGGUGGGCCUGGAACCGUCCAUCAGUUCGGUCGCGUAUCUGGCGGCCGCGAUAGCGACCCAUAAACUGGUGAUCUCCUUCUGCGUCGGGAUGGAGCUCUACGUGGCUGGCGCGUCGACCAGGACCAUGCUCGGCUACCUGUCGAUUUUCUCCAUGGUGACGCCGAUCGGGAUCGCCAUAGGGCUCGCCCUCGACCACUUCAAGAACGACAGCGAGAAUCUAGGACCCACGCCCACCAUACUCCAGGGCAUGGCGGCCGGCAUCCUCUACGUGGUGUUUUUCGAGGUGCUGGCGCGGGAGAGGGCGAACGAGAAGAGCGGCCUGCUGCAGCUCGUCGCGAUAAUUAUCGGUUUCACGCUGAUGCUGGGCCUGCAGAUCGCCAGUGAGUCCGUUUCCCGGAAGGCGAGGAAAUCCCCCGCGUCUCUAGAGCGCAUCGAAGCGUAUCGCGACGCGCGAUACACCGCCGAUGUCGGACAAAUGCAUUAUCGUCGCCGCUAACGUCGUCCUUCGUGCUCGUGCUUACUGCGCGUUUCCGUUUCCCCUCGCCGUUUCCUCGCGUGACCGAUGAAUUUCCGCGUGAAUUUCCAAAAUUACGCAAAAUUACGCGGCCAGCGAAUUUAUUGCCGCGGGGUGAAAGUCCAGUUUCCGGCUCCAUUAGGGUUCACCGGAAGCUAUCUCCUCCUCGACUUCCUCGAUUCCAAUUCGCGAGAACGUAUAAGAACGUUAUUAUUCAUAAAGGCCAAUUUUAUCCAAUUUCCCUUUUUUUUUAGAAUGUCUUAAUGUACUAUACGAUAUUUGGUAUUGUCGAGAAGUUUAUGUCCCUUUCCCCUAUACGGAAGUUCUGAACGAGCGAAUUGCUCAUCGUGAUCUCUCGAUCGCAAGUAGAAGUAAGUUAUUAUUCAUAAAGGUCAAUUUUAUCCUGAAUAAUUUCGCUUUUUCUUAACGGACGUCUUAACGUUGCAUAAUAUUUUGGAUUGCCGAGAAUUUUAUGUCCCUUUCUCCUAUACGGAAGUUUCGAGCGAGCAAAUGAUUCGCUCGUCGUGAUUUAUAAAUAAUCAAUAUCUCGGCGAUUAAAAUUCAAAUUAAACUUUCCGGAAACUGUUCGGCUCGGUGCAAAUUGCAGGUACGUCCUUGAUACACUUGACCUGGUCUUGGCUCUUCGGUAAUCUAUCGAUUUGCUCUAAACCGAAACUUUAAACUGAAGUCAGAGUUAGGCCAGGUUGAAAUGGGAGAAGGCGGAGGGAAGGCGGAAUUCUCGUGGCGUGAAAUUCUCAUCGCGUGCAACGCUUUGUUCAGAAGUUGCCGCGAAAAUAGAUCUUAUCUGGACGCUAUUCCGUUAAAAAUUUGUAUUAUAUGAAUCAGACUGGCGUUUGUGUUAAGUGACACGUACGCUCGUAUAUAGAACUGAGACAUAUUUGUCGAUCUCGAAAACAACUAUCGCCAAUUGAUAAAUUCCGCUCCGCUUUUGGUAAAUUUAUGCCACUUUGUUGCGAUGUUAUUCCAGUUGAAUGCGGUUAAUGGCUGAUAAAACUAACUUGGACUGUGGAUUCCGCAGCAGAAGCGAAAAGUUAUUCAUCGCCUUUGUUUUAAAGUUUAAUUUUGUUUCUUCCAUUUAACAAUCAAAGCUUUUAUCUUUACGAUCCAAUCAUUUUGUAUCUAACGCGAGACUUUUUUCUCUUCUUUCUUCCAUUUGCUCGGUGAAAAACAUUAGGUUUAAAAAUAUAAAUAAUCGGAAAUAACAUCUCCAAUUUCUCAAGGAAAGGAAUGUGUUUGUCUGUUUGUUUUUCUGGCCGGUGAAAGAGCUUAUUUUACUAAUUUCGAAUAUUUUGACGAAGAAUCGGGAUCCAAUUAUAAUAUCGCUGACGUGAUGCUCGAUCAGUUGAUUAGCAGCAGCGCGUGCUGCAUAUAUCACAUUGAAUCGAAUAAUAAUAAGCUAAACAGCUUGCACGAGCGUCAUUUCACUGUGAAAGUAACGGCAAGUAGGAGAGAUGGAUCAUAAUAACGGUUAUUUCUACAGAUAUGUCACCUGUUACGCAAUAUUAAUUGCUUCCUGACCUUCUCGCGAGAGUGCGAAAGAUUCGUGAAAUCGCGAGAGAUUAUACACGCAUACAUGCUCACUCCGCUUCAAUUCAAAGGCUGAAUGACGCAAUAUGCUAGAAGUAUUAACAGCAAUACUUAGUUGCAUCCUAAAAAAAAAAAA